CCAGAAGAGUUUAGUUUUCUGAGGGCUUGAGUCUUUGAGUAUAACCUCAUUUUCGACUGUUUGCUUUCCCAAUCCCGAGCUCUCUGGCCAUUUUCAUUGCAACAAUACAUCAAUGCUUCUUACCCCUUGCCCCUCAAUUGUAUUCUACCAAAGUCCAGAUCAACUCUCUACAAUCUGCCACUAGAAACAAAAUACUUCAACUCUCCUCAAUUUCCCAAUCAUCGCAAUGCCACCCACCGAACAAAAAAUCCUCACCACCUUCCUCCUCCCUCCGUCCUCCCUCCCUCAGAUCAUCUCCCUCGCCUCCUUCACUCUCCUCUUCCCGCGCGCUGUCCAAUCAUCCCCUGCUAUCCGAACUCUCUACCGGGACCUCCAGCAUCAGCGCGCACAAAUAAUUGAUAAUGUCUCCACAGCAAUCGAGCAAGAAGUACGAAGAGGAAGCGCGAUGGAGAGAGCUGUUGUGAGGAGGAGGAGAGGAGAUGAGAGAGUUAUAGAGGAUGAUGAGGUGGGGGUGGAACGAGCUCUUUCCAACUCGGUUCAAAUAUCCAACCUCCCAUCUUCCCAUCCUCACUCCCUCCAUUCCAUCCUCCCUCCUCUCGAAGCAGCAAUCGAAGACCUCGAAGACGAAAUCGCGCGACUAGAUGCGGAAACCGAAGAAUUAUUAAACGAGAUGAAGAAUACAGUGGGGGGGUUGAGUGAUCUUAGGUAUGGACGGCUCGCGAAUCCGGGGAUAAGGGGACAAGUUUUGGAAGGUUUGGAGAGAGUCGAGGAGGCUGCUGCUGCGAUAGCAGGUGGAAAGUGAUUGGCAUAAAUGGGACAUGGAUUAAUAUUACCAGUGAAAAGUUCUGGAGGAGAAAGACAAGGCGAUAUAGUCAAUGAGGGUAAUGAAAGUCCGCAGCGUUUUAGGACGACCAGCGACGAGACACAAGGCUCGCGCAUUGGGUAUUGAGGAUUCGGCAUCAAACAGCCAAGUGCGUUCACACAGGCGCAAAGGUCGCAGUGAUGCAUCACUACCAAGAGUGAAGAUGUACAGGUGGACACACGUUGGACGUUGCGAUCUGUUUUCCCCUUCCUUAGAGUCUGCCUCCACGGCAGUGGCUCCCAGAGGGUCAGCGGAGCGUCAUUCACAGGCACAGUAGACAUGGAAAGGAUUUAGCCAGGCGUAAGGUUUG